AUCUGGUAAAUAAUAUUUUAUGUAACAUUUAAAUGGAUCCAGUGUUUCACUCACUCAUAAAAUACUUUGAAUUCCCGCUUUUUCAAAAAUUUAGUGCUUUAUAUUGCUUGAUUUCAAUUUUGGGAGCUUCGUAUCAAUUUUAUCUUUUCCCGCUCGGUGGAGAUGGAAACAGCAGAUUGGGAAAACGAAGACUGGGAGUUCGUUAACGACGAUGGCUUCGUUUACAAGCGCAAGAAGCGCCGCCUCGACCCCACCACCACCUCCUCGGCUCCGCCGCCACCAGAUCCGGCGGCUGAGGAGCGAAACCGACGGCAAAGGAAGAAAAGGGCGCUCGUGAAACUGAGAGAGAAGUAUCAGAAAGAGAUUGACCAGUGGGAACUUUUAUCAAACACCGUGAAGGCAAUCCAAGAAAAAGCUCAAAACCAACAACAGCAACAACGAGAACAGGCGCCGUCGUCGUCCCUUUCGGCCAUCGUCUCGCCUUCUCCGUCGGCGCAUUCGUCCGAGUCUGCAUGCCGGAGAUUAGUAGAUGAGCUCCUUUUACGGGUAGAAGCAGAGGAAGCAAUUAUUCAGAAUAUUUCAAAUCUUUGUGAUUCGGCCGAAGCCAUUUGCAAUGCACAAGAGGAGCCAAUGAUGCAAUCGCUAAUUGAUCUUCCAAUUUGGGCGUCGCCACGUGACCUCAUGGCAUCCUUGUGCGACGAGUAAUAAAAAUGAAAAGCUGAGUUCUUGGAGUAAGGAUGUCAAUUCAGGUCUUCUUCUAUUGGUAUGCCAUAAAUCCUUAACUGUUAUGCAUGAAGAAGACCUUUACUGUACUAUAUGUUGUUUUCUGUUAUGUAGAUUUCUCUUUAUACAGAGAUUAGAGGGUAAAUUUUAAAUUAGAACCAUGAUUGAUCAGGACUUGUUUAGAUGAAUUAACAAGUUGAUGAAUGUGCAAAAAGUGCAUUCUUUGAACACUAGGGUAAGAGAUUUAUCAGGCCGUUUCUCGGUGCAAAGGUAAAAGUUUGGAUUGUAAAGAGUGAGAAUGUGUAUUUGAGAGUGAGAAAACCCACUCGGAAGCUUUGGUCUUUCUGCAGUUUUCCAUAUGAAAAUCUUGCAUAGGACUAGUAUUAGUAAUGGUCUGUUUUCUUAAGGUUGUGUUGCAAAAUAGCUGUAGAAAGGAUAGUUUCUGAUUGAGUAACGAGGCAAAAAUAUUAUUAAUUAAAUUCUUGCUAAA